CUCGCUCCUCCCCUUCCACUUCGCGUCCUUCCUCCCAUCCUGCUGCCCUUCUCCGCCUACCUCGAGAGUAUAAAUACGGGGCUUAUCCCCUUGCAAGGGAGAGUUGCUCAGGCCCUCGCCGCUGCUGAUAUUCUUCUCCGCUCAGCUCCUACAGGAACACAACGAGAAUGAAGGUGCUGCUGCUGUCACUGCUCGUGGGUUGCACUGUCGGGGCCACGGUAGAAAGACAGCGAAGGCAGUUGUUCGGCAAUGAGCUGAAUGGGUACCUGCCUCCUCCUCCUGGAUCGUGCGUCCCGUCUACCAUCUAUCGCACACAGACACAAUACUCCACUCAAGUGAUCCCUUCGACCGUCUAUAACAAUGACAUAGAGUAUAUCACUAAAACUGACUACAGACAACAACCAGUCUACACCACCAUCUACUCUGAGGUGGUGCGGACUCAACAGAUCCCGUCCGUAGUGUACCAGACGGCGACGGUAACCCGCACACAGGAGAACACCCGCACGCAGGUGGUCACCCUCCCGCCUCAGAUCAACUACGUCACUCGCACUCAGGAGGUUGUCCGCACCCAGGUCCAGUACGAGACCAGGUACUCCACGCGCAUCCAGCAGGUGCCCACCACCGUCACCAGGAACGUGGUGUCCACCCAGACAGUGCCCCAGCAGGUGGUCAGCACCGUCUACAGGACACAGUACGUCACCAGUACCCAGCAGCUCCCGGGACAGACACGCACCAUCGACAGCACCCAGUACAGCACCGUAUACUCCACCGCGGUCAUCCCCGGCCAGGACGUCGUGCUCACUACCACCGUCUACAGGACCAACGCCGUCACCCAAACCAUCACCCAGCCGGGACAGACCCAAGUCAUCACCUCCACACAGGUGGUGCCCGUCACCACCACCAUCUACUCGGAGGUGGUGCGCACCAGCACCCAGACCCAGUACGUCACCAGCACGUCGGUGCAGCAGCAGGUGUCCACCGUCUACCGCACGCAGCAGGUGCCUCAGUACAACACCAGGACGGUCACAGUGCCCCAGCAGGUGGUCAGCACCCAGGUGUCGACGCAGGUGGUGCCCACGACCAUCUACUCGCAGCAAACCAUCUACACCACCCAAAACCUGCCGGCCCAGACGCAGUACGUGACAGUCACCCGCACCGCCGUCAGCACCCAGCAGCAGCCUGGCCAGACACGCACGCAGUACGUCACCAGCGUCGUCUACAACACCAACUAUGUCACCUCCACCACCUACAGCAGAAUCGUCAACACCAUCACGGCCUCCACCACUGUCCAACCUGACUGCAAAACUGGCUACAACUACAAUGCACCGGCAAGGCCCUUCAAUGCCUUGGGACGUUGAUAGAAAAAGUGCAGAGAUUAAAAGCGGCGGCCAGCAGCUUCAUUUUGCUGAACGCCGACUUUUUUAUUGGCCUUUAGGAGCCUUCCUCUCUUCGUCGAUGCAUCAGGUGGCUUCAGGUCUGCUCCUUGGUCGACAUUCCCAUACCAUCUCCAACUAACAACUGUAUCGUAAUACAAGGGUAUGCUUCAACCCGAGUCCUCAUUUAUAUGGUAUUUAAUACAAAAUAAAAUAAAUACAAACGGA